AUGAUAAACAUUAAUACCAACUCGAAAAAUGAAACACAUGGAACAAGAAAAAAAGAGUCGACACCCAUUUUAACGUUAUAUUCAAUUGUAAAUUUUAAUCGCAAAAAUGUAAGGGUAGUUAAAGUUACUAGUUUUCUAAGCUUUGUGCUCCUGUCCUUUUUAUUCCUCAAUUGUCAUUUUUUCAUCCGGAACGGCAAGAAAUAUAAUAACAACGCUGUUGCAUUCCAAAGUGAAUUAAGUCUACCAAAUGGAAGGAUCUUAGCGACGAAUGAAACGUUUAAUGAAGAAGAAAAAAACUUUUUCACAUUUAAAGAUGAAAACGAUGAGAAACUCCGAAGAGAUGAUUCGCCAUACUUGAAAGUGUACACUAAUAUAAAUGAUCUAAAUGAUCUAAGUGUAAAAUCGUCUGAAAUAUGGAAAAAAGUAAUUCAAAAUAUGAAAGAUUAUUACUAUAAGGAAACAGUUCAAAUGGAUGACAGAUGGAGAGAUUUUAUGUGGACCAUGAAAUGGAAAAAACAUUACAUACAAAAUGUACACAGCAUGAUUAAUAAAGUUCUUCAAGACUUAAAUAAUCCAAUAACAGAAAAAGAAAAAAUAAUUAACACCUGGUUGCAAAUAUCUGAACAGGACCUAGAAUUUUUUCUCAAGUGUGUUAAGGAACAGUGGCACAAGGUCGUUUCGGAUCAACUGAAAAAAACUAUCCAGGAUGUGAAAACGACAAAUGAAGUUGCCAAAGAUGUGGAGAACCAACUGGACGAAAAAAAAUUGUAA